AGCCCCAGAGCCCUGCCUGCACCCAGCGCCCCGCAUGCGGGCAGCUCCCGCUAACUGCGGGCAGCAGCCGCUCUGCCCCACUCGGUUGGUUUGGCUUUUUGCCCUCACUCCUAUUGCCCUUGCUUGUUUUCUCCCUUUUCUUUCCCCCCCUUCCCCUUUCUCCCGCCAAAAGAGUUGGGAAGGAGGGAACAUGGCUGGAGUUAACUCCCCGGGAGAGGAGAUGUGGGGCCCCAGGAUUUUCCGCCUCCCGGGCUCGCCCUUGUAAUGGUUUUCAGAGCGCUGGAUUUCUUACCCCGUGCCUGGAUAUUUUGGUUUAGACUUUUCCCGGACGUUCUGGUUUAAACUUUUCGUGGAUGUUUUGAGUUAAACUUUUCCUGGACUUUUUCUUUUAAACUUUUCCUGGAUUUUUUUAGACUCUUCCCAGAUUUAUUUUUGGUUUUGUUAGACUUUUCAAAGACUUUUACCGGAUAACUCCACAGCGCGAGAAGAAGCUGGAAAAGGGGGGGAAGGGAAACCAGACAGCUGAAGCCAAACUCUAACAAAUGAAAAUGCUGGAGAUCUGCUUGAAAUUGGUGGGUUGCAAAUCAAAGAAGGGGCUUUCCUCCUCCUCCAGCUGCUACCUGGAAGAAGCCCUUCAGAGACCGGUAGUGUCAGACUUUGAGCCCCAGGGUCUGAGCGAAGCAGCUCGCUGGAACUCCAAGGAAAACCUUCUGUCCUGCCCUAGUGAAAAUGACCCCCAUCUCUUUGUUGCACUGUAUGAUUUUGUGGCAAGUGGGGACAACACUCUCAGCAUAACUAAAGGUGAAAAGCUCCGUGUCCUGGGCUACAAUCAUAAUGGGGAAUGGUGCGAGGCCCAAACGAAGAAUGGACAAGGCUGGGUACCCAGCAAUUACAUCACCCCAGUGAAUAGUUUGGAGAAGCACUCCUGGUAUCAUGGACCAGUGUCACGUAAUGCUGCGGAGUACCUUCUGAGUAGUGGUAUCAACGGCAGCUUUCUUGUGCGAGAGAGUGAGAGCAGUCCAGGACAGAGAUCUAUUUCACUGCGAUACGAAGGAAGGGUGUACCACUACAGAAUAAACACUGCAUCUGAUGGAAAGCUGUAUGUCUCUUCAGAGAGCCGCUUCAACACCUUAGCAGAGCUGGUCCAUCAUCAUUCAACUGUUGCAGAUGGGCUCAUCACCACGUUGCACUACCCAGCACCCAAACGCAACAAGCCCACUAUUUAUGGUGUGUCUCCAAACUAUGACAAAUGGGAGAUCGAGCGAACUGACAUCACCAUGAAACACAAGCUUGGUGGAGGGCAGUAUGGAGAGGUGUAUGAAGGAGUCUGGAAGAAGUACAACCUUACAGUGGCUGUGAAGACUCUAAAGCCAGCAUCCUCCCAGCAUUGA